AUGUGGGACUCUUGCACAAUGAGCAUGCCCACACUCGCUAAGAGGAAAAAACCGUGCGGGUGUCAAGCCAAAAUCCAAUAUCGGCUACAAGGUCAGGGUGGUCCUGGGACCACCCUGGCCAUAAGGUGGCGUCGCCACUGGUCCAGCAUUACAUGCAACCAAGCAGGAAGUGUUAUUUCAUUAGACCUGACUAACUCAGGCUUGAAAGGUACGCUCCAUGAAUUUUCAUUCUUGUCUCUCCCCAACCUCGCAUAUGUUUAUCUCAGCAUGAAUGAACUCUUUGGCACAAUUCCUAUUGAAAUUAGUGGCUUUUCCAAACUCAUAUAUCUUGACCUGUCCUUUAAUAAGUUAUCAAGGGAAAUCCCACCACAGAUUAGGCUGCUAACCAAUCUUGAGGCCUUGCACCUUGGUGAAAAUCAGUUAAAUGGUUCAGUUCCCUUGGAAAUAGGUCAUUUAAAGUCACUCGUUUACCUUUCUUUGCAUGCCAAUGAUCUCCAUGGCUGCAUUCCUAAUUCACUAGGUAAUUUAAUCAACUUGGCUUAUUUGUACCUCCGUAAUAAUCAACUUUCUUGCUCCAUUCCUUCAGAAAUUGGAAACCUCUCCAAUUUAAUUGAUGUUGACAUGAAAAACAACAGUCUAACAGGUCCCAUUCCUUCUAGUAUUGGAAACCUAGAGCAGCUGACAUGGUUGAAUAUAUAUCAAAAUCAAAUCUCUGGCUCCAUCCCUCUAGAAAUAGGGAAUUUGAAGUCUCUCAACUCUUUACGUCUUCAAACAAAUAAUCUUUCUUGCUCGAUUCCCUCAUCGUUAGGUGCUCUCAGCAACCUAACCUUCUUACAUCUAUUCAACAAUCAACUUUCUAGCACCAUCCCUAAAGAAUUAGGAAACUUGAAGUCUAUAACCAAUCUUCAACUAGGCAGAAAUCAUUUAAAUGGCACUGUUCCAGUUUCCUUGGGUAAUUUGAGUCACUUGGAACUUUUAUUCCUCAAGAGAUAG